UUACCUGGUGAGAGAGAGAGAGAGAGAGGGGGUUCAGUUCCAAUCUAAUAAUGGAUACAAGUUCCAGUGAUGAUAUGAUGCGUUGGUUCCAAGAAGUGGCAAGAAAUGCUAGGAAUGUUCAGGCGGAAACACUGAAGACGAUUCUGGAAAUGAAUCAUGGGGCUGAGUAUCUGAAGAAAUGGUUGGGAGAUAUCGAUGUUCAUAACAUGGAUGCAGAAGCAUUGCAGUCUCUUUAUGAAUCCAUGGUGCCACUGGCUUCCCAUGCAGAUUUAGACCCUUAUAUUCAGAGGAUUGCAGAUGGGGAGACCUCCCCUUUACUCACCAAACAACCCAUCACUACUCUCUCAUUAAGCUCUGGAACAACUGAAGGAAGACAAAAGUAUGUUCCUUACACUUCCCAUAGCUCCAAGACGACUCUACAAAUCUUCAAGCUGGCUGCAGCUUACAGAUCAAGGGUUUAUCCUAUGAGAGAAGGAGGCAAGAUUCUUGAGUUUAUCUACGGCAGCAAACAAUUCAAAACAAAGGGUGGGAUAUCAGCAGGAACAGCCACAACCCAUUACUUUGCAAGCCAAGAGUUUAAACUUAAGCAGCAACAAACAAACUCAUUCACUUGCAGCCCACAGGAAGUCAUCUUCAGUGGGGACUACAAACAAUCAACGUAUUGUCACUUCCUUCUCGGUCUCUUUUACUCUCCACAAGUCGAAUUCGUCACUUCCACUUUCGCCCAUUGCAUCGUUCAAGCACUUGGCUUUUUCGAAGAAUACUGGAGAGAACUAUGCAAUGAUCUUUUUCACGGAACUUUAAGUCCUAGAAUCACCCUCCCAGGUAUCCGAACAUCGGUUCUGGAUAUAAUCGAACCCAACCCGCAUUUGGCGACAUGGGUAAGCUCACAAUGUGAGGAGUUGGAAGAAUCAGAUUGGUACGGUUUGAUCCCUAAGCUGUGGCCCAAUGCCAAAUAUGUGUACUCCAUAAUGACUGGUUCAAUGCAACCCUACUUGGAGAAACUGAAGCAUUACUCAGGGGACCAUUUACCAUUAGUGAGUGCGGAGUACGGGUCCACGGAGAGCUGGAUCGGAGUGAACAUGGACCCUUCUUCGGCACCAGAGAAUGUGACGUUCACGGUGGUUCCAACAUUUUCUUACUUUGAGUUCAUACCAUUGCAUCGUCAAGCUUGUGAUACGGUUGUUGGAGCUGUUGAUGACUACCAAGAAGAUGAUCCAGUUCCUUUAUCCAAGGUGAACAUUGGUCAACAAUACGAGAUUGUGCUAACGACUUUCACAGGUCUUUACAGAUAUAGAUUAGGAGAUGUAGUGGAAGUGGCUGGUUUUUACGAAGAAACCCCAAAACUCAAGUUUUUAUGCAGGAGAAAACUAGUCUUAACAAUAAAUAUCGAUAAAAACACCGAAAUUGACCUUCAACUGGCAGUCCAGAAGGGUUCUCAACCACUUCUUACGUCUGGAGCUAAGCUAGUCGAUUUCACAAGCCACGCCAACAUCGCAGACCCCCCCGGCCACUAUGUAGUUUAUUGGGAGAUCAAGGGUGAAGUCAAUGAACACGUUCUAGCUCGAUGUUGCAAGGAAAUGGAUGCAGCAUUUGUGGAUCAUGGCUAUGUUGUCUCUAGGAAAACCAACUCAAUUGGACCUUUAGAGCUUUGUAUAGUUGAACGGGGUACCUUCAGGAAGAUCAUGGAACACUUUAUUGGCAAUGGUGCAACAAUGAGCCAGUUCAAGACUCCCAGGUGCAUCACAAAUAAGGUUCUAUUAAAGAUGUUAAAUCUAUGUGCUAUCAAAAGGUUUCAUAGUACAGCUUACAAGUGAUCCACUUGUGCCCAUGAAGACUAUUUAAUCGAUCGAGAGUGGUAUACAAAGUCACAUCAGGGAAAUAAUAUUUAAGUAAUUUGGUUGCAAUAAUUUAACCAAAAAAAGUUGUGCAUGCUUGUAAGAGUUGCAUCAAAUAAAUUAUGGCCGCUUUUAUUUUGAGACAAGUAGUGUACAAUGCCGCGGUUACGAAGAUGUUCCACAACUUUCUUAAUUAUAACUAACACGAGUAUCAUUAUACUGAA